AGUUGUAAACUAUAAUUUGGAAAUGGCGGCCGCAAAAAAGUUUCACAGUAGUCUAUUUCAUCCAACGCUUCGCAAGUGGCAAGAAGGCAAUGUAAACAUCGAACCGGAAAAUUUGAUGUACCCACUGUUUUUGAUUGAAAAGGAUGAUGCAAUUGAAGAAAUCACGAGCAUGCCGGGAGUAUCACGAUUUGGAGUGAAUCAAGUGGUCAAGCAUUUGGAGCCGUUGGUGGAAAAGGGAUUAAAAACGGUGCUACUUUUCGGAGUUAUUGAAACGCUGCCUAAAAACAGUCGUGGCAGCUCCGCAGAUUGUGCAGAGAAUCCAGUAGUUCGUGCAUUACCGUUGCUUCGGAAAAACUUUCCCGAUUUGCUUUUAGCAACUGACGUUUGCAUUUGUCCAUACACGAGUCAUGGACACUGUGGCAUUUUCGACGAAGAAAACCACAUGGACAAUGAAGUGAGCAUUCAACGUUUGGCCGAGAUUUCUUUGGCUUAUGCAAUCGCCGGUGCACACAUAAUCGCCCCAUCAGACAUGAUGGACAAUAGAAUUGGGGCAAUUAAAAGCAUUUUGCGGAAAAAUCGUUUAGAGAGUAGAGUCUCCGUUCUAUCUUAUGCUGUAAAAUUUGCAUCUAGCUUUUAUGGACCUUUCCGUGAUGCCGCUCGCUCAGCACCGGCAUAUGGAGAUCGUAAAUGCUAUCAGUUACCAGUUGGUUCAAAAGGGAUUGCUGCUAGAGCCGCUGAGCGUGAUGUUGAAGAAGGUGCCGAUAUGUUGAUGGUGAAACCGGGCAUGGCUUAUUUGGACAUUGUUCGUCAAACAAAAGACAUGUAUCCACAUCUUCCCUUGUUCAUUUACCAAGUGUCCGGCGAGUAUGCAAUGUUGUGGCAUGGUGCCAAAAAUGGGGCCUUCAACUUGAAUGCAAUCGUUAUGGAAACACUAACAUCGAUGCGUCGUGCGGGCGCCGAUGUUUUGAUCACCUAUUACACGCCACUUGUGUUGGAUUUAAUCCAGAAGAAAUAAGCGUCUAAACGAAACAAUUGAAAAAUUAUUCCAUAUGUUUUUAACUGGUGGUGCUGCAAUCAAAUUUACAACUGGGUUGGGUUCAGAUGGAAAAUAUUUUAGAAUUUAUUUUGAAUAAAGUGGAUUUUUUUGUAUGAA